CAUAUCUCACUUCUUCAAACAUUUUGAGAUAUUUAAUUUAUUUCAAGUAAUUGCCAAUGAACAACAGGGAAUAAAGUUCUGAACAUCGACCUUGAUUUAACCUAACCAGAAGGUUACUUCUCAAAUAAUCGAAGGAGUCUUCCGCCGCUCUAUUGCCACUUUGAAUAAUCGAUUGCUCGACCUCUUCAAGGAAUCUUCUCCGCAAUAUCUACUCUUCCAAGCUUCGACGUUGAAGCUCUGAACCUGUGGAAACGGCUUCAUCUCUUUUUAUCUAACACGUCCGGGCGCUCUCUUAUUCCUGUUAUAUAUGGGGCGGAGGUGGAGGGGUGGUCAACCAGGCCAUGGCCCAGCCCAAAUUUUAAAAUUGCUUAUAUUUUUAGUGUAAAAAUUUAUGUGUAAAAGUUUAUUUGUAGAAAUUAUUUGUACCUGCCCAGCCCAACUCUUACUCCUGGCUACGCCCCUGGUUUCUUGUCUAUAUUUAGACUUGUUUCAAUCAUUGGGGAACUGCUUAUUCUGCCAUUUGUUGUUUGAUGACUUUGUUAUGUAUUCUUCUGCUUUAGUAUUGUAUACGGUACAAAGAACAAAAUCUCGGAGACAGUUUUUGUAACUUCAGCUCACAUUCAAAGCGGGGAUUUUCAAUUUUUUUGAUUACUUAAUUGUUUGUUGUUUCUAUAAAUGAAGGAUAUUGAGAUGGAGAAUCCUGAAGAGGAGACUGAAGUUGAAUCUGGUUCAGAAGAAGAAGACGAUGACCCAGCUGUGAAAUUGGCUGAACCUUCAAAGGAUGCUGUUUACAACAAGAAUGGGUUGCUCGACAAGCUUGGAGACAUCAGCUGGCCUGAAAAAGUGGACUGGAUACACAGACUCUCGUUUGACAUAGACAAAGAGGGAGAAGAAGUGGACGUGAAUGAUGACUUGGCACGAGAGCUUGCAUUCUACACACAGGCCUUGCAAGGGACACGGGAAGCCUAUCUCAAGUUUCAAUCCGCCGGGCUUCCAUUUUUGAGGCCCUCUGAUUACUAUGCUGAAAUGGUGAAAUCUGACGUCCAUAUGGAAAAAGUUAAGGGCCGCCUGUUGUCAGAAAAGAAAAGGAUUGAGGAAGCGGAGGAAAGGAAGAAGGCUAGGGAGAACAAGAAAAUAGCUAAAGAAAUGCAGGCUCAGAAACUGAAAGAAAGGGCUCAGCAGAAGAAACAUGAUAUUGAGUCUGUCAAGCAGUGGAGGAAACAAAGGCAGCAGAGUGGGUUUGACAAAGAUGCGAAAGCUGAACUCGAUUUAGACUUUGAAGAUGGUAAUGGUAAGGUUUUCCAGCGAUCUGGUAAAAACAGGCCAGGGGUGGCCCCUGGUGACCGUUCGGGAGGGAAGGGCAGAUUUGGUAGUGGGAACACUAAAAAGGGAGGUUUUGAUAAAAAGCCAAAGGGUAGGGAAUUUAAGAACUCCAAAUUUGGUUUUGGUGGGCAGAAAGGUGGGAAGAAGCAAAACACUGCCGACUCUACCAAUGAUUUUCGAUCGUUCAACAAAAAUAGAGAUUCCUCCGGUGGUAAAAGGAGAAGGGUGAAGUGAUCAAUUUCGUUUAGCAUUUUUUUUUAAAGUUUGGUUUAUGAUCAUUAUUUGUAUUUUGCAGCCGAGUGGCCCCCUUGUUUUGUACUCUUAUCUAUUUAAAUUUUUAAAUUGAUCUAGCUCUGUACCUUUGAAUUGUUUAAAUAUGAUCACUGUGUCUGUUUCCACACAUUUCUUUUUGAGUUAUGCUUCAAGUAUACCGUCAGUUACUUUGUUUUGGUAUCGGUCUGUUAUCGAGUUCUGUUAUUCAAUGUA